UUUAUUAUUGGUGGUACAAUGGCCGUGUUGCAUUUUUAUGACUUUUUGCUUUCCAUCUAUAGCGGCAUCAUGAGCUCCAAAUUACUACUAUUGGUGUAAUCAUACUUAAUAUACUAUAUACGGUACUAUAUAUACUAUAAUAAUAAUAAUGAUAUAUAAUACUAAAGACCUGCAGCACUGACGACAUUCCCAUCGGCAGCAGCUGCUCUGUGUGCUUAGGGGCCAGUUAUCAAAUAUUUACAUAAGCAGCAAACUAAAUUAAGAUGUGAACACAGUAAACAUUACACUUGCUGCAUUAGCAUGUUAACAUUUAGCUCCAAGUGUCUGUAGACUCUCAGUUAUGAUGUAUUCAUCAUGAGCAUUGCCUUUAUUGUCAUUCGUAAUAAUUGGUUUUGAAAAACUAGUGAAAUUGAUUAAAAUCUCUCAGAUUGUAACUCAACAAAUCUGUAUCAGGUCUCCACCAAAUUCUGCUCCAUAAUUAUUAUUAUAUACAUGUGUGUGUAUAAUAUUUUAUUUUUUUAAAAAGAGUGAAGUGUGAACUCCGGUGUUGGUAUUAUAUCAUGUGAGUGAUGGCGCGUGUUAAGACAAAAAAAAACCCCAACACGUUUCCUGUCAGUACUUCACAAUAAAGCUUCUGCGCAGAUCUGCCGCGCGCGACACUUUUAUUGUGAAAGCAGCGGGAGGCUUCCUGCUACCACGGUGAUCAACAUGUCAUAUUACUUUCGCUCGCAGGGAAACAACAGAAGAUGUCCUCCCAGGUCCGACUGAGGCUGCUGCCGAGCGCCAGGUGUCUGUUCGACGAGCCCCUCCGGCUGACGGUGGCCGGGCUGCGGUCGAGGCAGCUGGUCGCCCUGAGAGCCCUGGCGACCGACGACAAGGGGGUGGCGUUCAGCUCCUCGGCCACCUACAGGGCCGACGCGGGCGGGGACAUCGACCUGGCCAGGGACCCCUCGCUCAGCGGCAGCUACGUCGGGGUCGAGCCCGCGGGUCUGCUGUGGUCGUUGAGGCCGGACGUCUUGCACACGAGGUUUCACAAAAAUUGUUCGCUGAACCCCCACGUGGUGAACUUCUCUGUGCACGAGGGGGAGGGGGAGGGGGAGGGCCGGAUGCUGGCCCAGGCGGCCGGCGAGAGGCGUCUGAUCGCGGACGGAGUCGGCCGGCGCCCCGUCAAGGAGGGGAACGUCCGUGGAGUCCUGUUCACUCCACCUGGCGGAGGUCCGUUCCCUGCCGUGUUGGAUCUCUACACUUUGGGCGGAGGUCUGUCAGAGAAGAGGGCGUCUCUGCUGGCCAGCCGGGGAUUUGUGGUGCUGACCGUCGCGCUGUACGGCCACGACGACAUGCCGAAGAACAUCAAGGAGGUUCACCUGGAUUAUUUUGAAGAGGCGAUUCGGUUCUUAAAAAAACAAGACAAGGUGGGCAGUAAAGGAGUCGGUGUGAUAUCCCUUUCCAAAAGUGGAGACCUUGCACUUUCCAUCGCCUCUUUCCUGCCAGAUGUUGAGGCCACCGUGUGGAUCAAUGGCUGCUCUGCCAACACGGUGUUUCCCCUCUACUAUAAGAAAAAGCAGAUCCUCCCCCCGUUAAUGUUUGACAUCGGCAAGCUCGUUCACACCGAGUCAGGGGCCUGCAUAGGCAAGUAUGUCAUGAACAGUACCGAGGCAGAGGAGAACAAGGCCACUGUGGUUCCCAUUGAACGAGCCAAGGGACGUUUCCUCUUCGUGGCUGCGGAGGACGACCUGAACUGGGACAGCAAGGCUUACGUGGACGAGAUGGUGGAGAGACUGCAGCGUCACGGCAAGGAGAACUUUGAAAGUGUUAUUUACCCGGGAGCGGGGCACUACUUAGAGCCGCCUUACGGGCCCAACUGCCCCUCCAGCUUCCAUGGGCUGAUUGGUAAACCGAUCCUGUGGGGGGGUGAGGCCAGCGCCCACGCGGCAGCUGAAGUCCACCUGUGGAAGAAGAUCCAGGAGUUCUUCAGAACUCACCUGAGCUGUGGUGCCGCGCAGACCAGAGCCAAGUUAUAGAUGCAAACACACUGACACAAACACAUUGGAACAAAUCCAAUUGUUUGUUGGGAAAUGUUUUCCCCGUUUUUUUGACCAAAUUAAAAGUCCCUUAUUGUGCCUUAUGUUCAUACUAACUUGAGCUUUGGCUGUAAUCGUUUAGUUCUGUUUGGAAUUUUUUUCAUGAAAUUUCACAAUUAUGCCUUUGAUAAUUCGGGUUAAAGUUUUUUAUUGGGGUUAGGCUCUCAACUCAGAAAAGUUAAAAUCUUUUUUGAGUUUAAACUGCAAAGAUGAAGUACUGAACUUUAUUUAAAUCAAGAUUACAGUAGCGAUGAAAGUUUACUUUGCUUGAGACUGAAAUCGUAGAAUAUGCAUUGGUUCAAAAGUGAUUGAAAUAAUUACAUUUUCUGAACUUGAGGCAAAUUGUCCAGACUUGCAGAAUUUAAGUUUUGCAUUGUGUUGUGUUGUGUAUCUAUAAGAUUUAUACAAAACAUUUUAUCACGUCAGCAAAUAGUGAAUGUAAAAUUCUAAACUGUAAUUAAACAUUUAAACUAUAAAACUAAA